AUCAGGAAGUAUUUGAGUAGCUCUACUCUACUCAUCAUCUAUUUUGAAAAGAAUUAACACUGGUUUGUCAGAAGCUGAGAAUGGUUGCUGCAAAGGGGCAAAGGGGCGAGCAUCGGUUGAUAGCCAAAUAAUCCACCAGUUCUUGCCCCCUACCCACCCGCUCCGAUAUACAAUGCAUUUAGGAAAGGGAUUUCAUUCAGACAUGUUCUUCGACAAGGUAAUAGGACGGCCCGCUCCCUUGCUAAGCUUCAAGCGACCCAUUUACACACUUGGACUGAGAAGCAAUCUUUACCGGCCCAGGUCAAAAUAGCUUUCUACCAGGAUUUCUUUAAUAUUCCUAGCUUUCGGAGCUUAUGUUAAUUCUCUUUUUAUUUUUUCGUGGUGUAUUUUAUUAAUUGGGUUUGGUCUGGUCCCCCUUAUUAAUCUCUUUUAUUUAUUUAUUGUUUUCAUUUCUGUAUUUUGGAGAAGGAAUGCCUUCUCUGAGAGGUUUUGGUAUAGUCUCCCUCUCACUUUUGUAUCCCCAUUUUUUCUAAUAAAAUCUGGUAAAUGUUCCCCGUCAUUUACCCAACCGAUUAUGGUGGUUUGUCUACCGGGUUAUAAAAAAACUGAAAAGAAAACAACUGAAAUCAAAUUUUUUAAGAUUUUAAUAGUGUAGAAAAUUUAAUACGGAAGUUAAAACACCGGCAUAUUUUGGUCAUUAGGAAGCAUUUAGUAAUAUUAUUUUCAGAUUCUGUUGAAUAAGAAAAAACUGUGCUGGGUAAUGUUUUUGUCAUUUUUAAAAAGGACUGUUGUAUAAUUUCCCAAUAGAUUUGCCUAAUUUGAAGAAAGAAUAUCAAGGAUGAAGAAUGCCAUUUUGUUUUCUUCUUUUUCUACUCGCUUAACUACUCCCUCGGUAUCAUAUUAGUUGCAACAUUGAAACUCACACACUAUUCAUGUACACUACUUUGACUAUGUAGAAAAAUGUAGCAUAUACAUGUUAUUUUAUUAUGUGUACAUCCGGAACUGUAUAGAUAGGAAUUAGAGUUGAUUUAGGUCUCUAAUUCUUAGAUUAGCUCGCAGAGUAGAUAAGAAUAGAUAGAUCCUAAUAUUUAGGAUCUGUAACAACUUUAGUUUAUCUGUAAACUUGUAUAUAUAUCAUUGUCGGAUGGCUCAAUAAAAUACAAGGAAGAUUAAUUCUUCAAACCUACAUGGUAUCAGAGACUUGUUGUUUAAAACACCAUAAUGGUGGACACUGAACACUCUGAUUCCUCCACCCACUCACAAACCCAUCAUCAUAACCCCCAAAUUAGCCAAAUGACAAAUUACCAGGCCUCGGUUAAUUCAUCUAUGCUCAUUACUGGACAUAGAUUGAAUGGAACCAACUACCUAGAGUGGUCACAGUCUGUCAAACUGGCAAUAGAUGGAAGAGGAAAAUUGGGAUACAUAACGGGUGAAGUAGAGGAGAAGAAGAAUGGUGAAGAUGGCUACAAUGUCUGGAGGUCAGAGAACUCUUUGGUAACAGCCUGGCUUCUCAGUUCAAUGGAUGCAUCAAUUGCCAAACCUCACAUGUUC